GGACGUUGAUAGGCAGUCAGCGGAGAAAAGCAAGAGAUCUCACUCUGUGUUUGUUUUCGAGUACAACUGCCUGCUGUGAGACAUCUAGAGCUGAAACAAUUAGGCGAUUGACAGAAAAAGUGACUCCUCUUCCUUUACACAGACGAUCUUUGUCUGGAGGUUACGCCAAAGCGAGGGCAGGAAUCCCACAAUAGCAGACGAAGGAGUUUUUCUUUUUUUUUUCCGAGGCAGAGCUGGGGCUGGUGGCUGUUUCAAUCAAAGGGGAAUCAGAGGGAAAGGGAGGCUCUGCGGAGAGAUGUAAAGAUGGCAGAGCUACAAAUGUUGUUAGAGGAAGAGAUCCCGGCCGGUAAAAGAGCGCUUGUGGAGAGUUACCAAAACCUCACCAGAGUAGCCGACUACUGCGAGACCAAUUAUGUCCAGGCCCAGGACAAGAGGAAAGCUCUGGAGGAGACCAAAGCCUACACCACCCAGUCCCUGGCCAGCGUGGCCUACCAGAUCAAUGCCUUAGCCAACAAUGUACUGCAGCUGCUGGACAUACAGGCCUCGCAGCUGCGGCGCAUGGAGUCCUCCAUCAACCACAUCUCCCAGACGGUGGACAUCCAUAAAGAGAAGGUGGCCAGGCGAGAGAUCGGGAUCCUGACAACCAAUAAGAACACGUCGAGGACCCAUAAGAUCAUAGCGCCGGCUAAUAUGGAGCGGCCGGUCAGGUACAUCAGGAAGCCCAUUGACUACACUGUACUGGACGAUGUGGGCCAUGGUGUUAAGCAGCAUGGAAAUAAUCAGUCAAUCAGAGGAGGAACACUAUCGAGGACCAAUCCGCCGACGCAGAAACCACCGAGCCCUCCUAUGUCAGGGCGUGGCACGCUCGGACGCAACACGCCCUACAAGACCUUGGAGCCAGUGAAGCCGCCCACGGUGCCCAACGACUACAUGACCAGCCCCGCCCGAAUAGGCAGCCAGCACGGCCAGCAGCACAGCCCCGGGCGCACGGCGUCACUCAACCAGAGGCAACGCACGCACAGCGGGAGCAGCGGGGGUAGCAGCAGCAGGGAGAACAGCGGCAGUAGCGGUAUUGGCAUUCCCAUCGCCGUGCCUACACCCUCCAUCCCCAACUCUGGACCAGUCCCGUCCAUGUCCGCUCCCCCGGGGGCCCCUCCGCCUCCCCCAGCCCCUCCUCCUCCUCCUCCUCCUCCUCCUCCUCCACCUCCUCUGGCCGGGCUCGGCCCUCCAGCGGCACCACCACUACCCACAGCGGUGGCCCCCGGGCCUGGUCUGGGCCCCGCUCCAAUGUCCCAGUUUGGAACCAUCUCGCGGCAGAUUUCACGGCACAACCCCUCCAACUCCUCUGUCUCUAUGGUUUCGGCCACGGGCACCUACCGCCGGGCGCCGUCGGUCACUUCCCAGUUCUCCUUGCAGCAGCAGCAACAACUACAGCAGCAGCAGCAGCAACUACUACAGCAGCAGCAACAACAGCCUCAUAUUAACGGAGGCACUCCUGGCUACAGCCAGAACUCAAUGUCUAUCGCUCCUCCUCCGCCCCCAAUGCCCCAGCUGACUCCACAGAUACCUCUGACUGGCUUUGUGGCCAGGAUGCAGGAGAGCAUUGCAGAUACUCCUACUCCACCUCCCCCUCCACCUCCAGAUGACCUGCCCAUGUUUGACGACUCUCCUCCCCCUCCGCCGCCUCCUCCAGUGGAUUACGAGGAGGAAGAUGCUGCUGUCGUGCAAUAUAACGACCCCUAUGCUGACGGAGAUCCACAGUGGGCGCCCAAGAACUACGUCGAGAAAGUGGUGGCCAUCUAUGACUACAGCAAGGACAAAGACGACGAGUUGAGUUUCAUGGAGGGGGCGAUCAUCUACGUCAUCAAGAAGAACGACGACGGCUGGUUCGAAGGCGUCUCCAACGGCGUCACCGGCCUCUUCCCCGGCAACUACGUGGAGUCCAUCAUGCACUACGCCGACUGAAGGGACCUCGCAGUAUCAGUACAGUGUAUUUAUUCAGUCAUAUCAUAUCCACCCAGAGACUGACGGCAGCAAACCGACUCCUGAGACGCAUUGAUGUAACUGUAUGAUCUCCUUUUGAUAUGACAGAAUCUUCUUUCCCAUACUGAUUGCAAAUAAAAUGAAAAGUAAUAUCUAUUUAGUUUAUUUUGGUGUUAUAUGGGCGGUUUGGGGGACGUUUAUGGAAUAUGUAAAAAAAUAAAAUAAAAUAAAGUUUCUAAAGAAUCGGACUGCACGUGCUCACACGGCUUGAACUCAAAAGACGAUGGUCACACAGCUGAAGGAUGUACGACAUCAUCUUGCCUGGACAAAGAUUUAAAGAUUCAGUGUUGAAUCCUUUUUGUGAACAAGAAAUUAUUACAAUAGGUUUGAUGGAACAAAUAAAAAUGUCAAAUGUCAUGUAA